CUUUGCCGCUGUUGGAGCACCAGUAAUUUCGACUAUGGGGCAAUGGGCAAUGGUUGGGGAAGGGCUUGGUGGCUUCUGCUGUAGGGUGGAGGGUUUGAUGGGGGACAGUGGACUGAGCUAUGGGGCUGUGGCUUUCAGUUGGGGCAGCAGCGUUGGCUUCAUCCUCAGGGUUCAGCAAUGAGGCAGAUGAGGGACGUCAGCCCGGGCGAUACAGCCCGUUGGUCUCACCUACUGGGCUGCAGUUUUGCCAAGGGGAAUUAAAUUCAGCCAUGGAGCAGUAGCAGUUCCUGGUGGCCUCAGCUGUGGGGUGGGAGGCUUUGGCAAUGGAUCCGGUGGCUUUCACUAUGGGGCAGUGCCAGCAGCACUGGCAGGCCUCCUGCCACGGGCCGGAGGCUCUGGCUAUGGAGAUGGCACCCUGACAUCCCCACUCCGUCUGUUCCCACAGGCAAGAUGUGGGUUGCAGAGGAGCCGGCCCCAGCCCAGUGGAGCCUGCGGGACGGGGCCCAUGCCGGCCACUUCCUGGCCAGGGCUGACCAUCUCCGCACCACAGGACAGCUGGUGGAUGUGGCUGUGGGCCCGGAGGGUGACGUGGCCCAUGCCGUGGUCCUGGCCUCCAUCAGCUCCUUCUUCCUCCGCUUCCUGGAGGGCAGGACCAGAGAGCUGCGCCAGGGCCCCCCACCCCGUGUCCCCCUUCCACCUGGGGCCACGCUAGCCCCCCGGGUGGUGGCUGCCUGUGCCCCACGGCUGGAGAGCAACCCCCAGGACGGGGGUCCCAAGGCCCUGGAGGAGCAGUGGGAGACACUAAGAGCCAUGGAGCAACUCCACGCCAGCGGCCUGGGCUGUGACCUCCAGCUCCGGGCAGGGGACGAGGUCAUCCCAGUUCAGCGCCUGGCCCUGAGCUGCUCCUGUGACUUCUUCCGCGCCCUCUUCACUUGCCCCAUGCGGGAGGCCACCCACGACCCCGCCGCCCCACUGGCCACGGGGCUGUCCCCAGCCGAGCUGCGCCUCCUCCUCUCCUUCGCCUACACGGGGGCUGUGGCGGGGCCGUGGCCCAUGGUCCUGGAGGCAGCCGAGACCUCCCUGCACUACCAGGCCUGGGGGCUCCUCACCCUCUGCCUGGAUGUUUUCACCCAUGGCCUGACCCCAGAAACUGCCCCGGACGUGCUGGCCUUUGCUGUGGCUUACGGGCUGGCCCAGGUGGGCUGUGUAGCAGAGGACUAUAUCUUGGCCACCUUCCCCAGCGUGGUGGCCACACCAGCCUUCCUGGAUCUUCCUGCACACCUUCUCAUCCGCCUCCUCCGCUCUGACAGUCUCAAUGUCCUCCAUGAACUGGAAGCUUUGGAAGCAGCAUCCCGGUGGCUUACGGCCAAUGGAGAUGGCCAAGAGGAUCUAGCCAAGGAAGUCCUGUCAUCUGUUCGCUUUGCCCUCAUGUCCGGCCGGGAGCUGAAGAAGGUCCCAUCAGUGACUGCAGGGGUAGCUGACCCAAAGGUCCUCCACAAGCUUGUGGUAGCAAGUUUGGCCCCCAUGGCCCAGCUUCCAUGCCGGGUGCGCUCCUUGCAAGAGGUGCUGGUGGUUUGUGGUGGAGACAAACUGACGACCAACUUGGCUGCCCGGAAGCCCAGUGGACACCUCUGGUUUGCCCACUGCUACCUCAGUGCUGUGGGGCUGGUGAAGCAGGUGGAGUGGCGGGCACUGGGGCACUUUCCUGAUGGCCCACGCUUCCGCCAUGCUGUAGCUGUAGUGGGCAACAUCCUCUAUGUCCUGGGUGGAAAACGCUACUAUGGGGUCCAUGAUACCCUGGCCAGUGUCUACAGGUAUCAGCCUAUGGACGAUUCCUGGGAGCGCCUGGCGAGCAUGACCUGUGGGCGGAGCUACUUUGCCGCUGUGGCGCUUGGGGAUUUCAUCUAUGCCCUGGGGGGCACCUCGGGGGAGCUCUACUGCACAGACACUGUGGAGUGCUAUGACCUGGCCAAUGACACCUGGAGGAGCUGCCAGCCCCUGCCAAUGGCUCUGUGCGGUCACGCGGCGUGUGCCCUGGAUGGUGCCCUCUACGUGUCAGGGGGGUGUGAUGAGGCAUGCCAGUGCCAGGCGGCCAUGCUGCGCUACAUCCCGGGUGCGCCUGCCACAGUCCUGGCCCCCAUGAACGGCCAGCGAGCUGGGCACAUCAUGGAGGAAGCGGGUGGGCAGCUCUACGUGGCUGGAGGGCUGUGCCAGCAGGAGGGGCAGACUGGCUACAGGGACCAGCUGGCCUUUGAGGUCUACAGCCCCAAGCUGGACAUCUGGGUCCUCCUCAGCCCCCUGCCCCAUGCCCAUGUUGUUGGGGGUGCAGCUGUGCUGGGGGGGGAGCUGCUCGUACUGGGAGGGUACAGUCAUGAAACCUACCGGGACACCCACUUGAUCCAUGCCUACCAGCCAGGCACCCGGCGCUGGAUCACCCGGGGCACCUUACCCCAUGCCUAUACUGACCUCCAGGCUUGUGUCCUCACCGUACCCCCUGCCUUGCGUGGGCCCAAGUGCCUUGAGGACAACUCGAGCUCAUCUGACACCCCCAAUAAUACUUAG